AUCUUAAACUUGUCAAUUGACAAUUGUCAUUCAUUUCUGUUUUUCAGGUUACUUAAUGUUUAUGUUAAUAAAUUGUAUGAUAUACAUAGAUAUAACAAGGUUUUGAUGUAAAUACAAUUUAAAACAAUAUAAUAUAUACAUAAAUUCAAAUGUUAAAAUUAGGGAUUCCUAGCUUUUUCUUAUUUAUUCUGAUAUUGCAAAUUAAAGGAGAUGACUUUAAAGAAGAAAUAUUUAUUAAACCGCUACCCCCAUCUCACCUUUACGUUAAUUUCCAUUUCAUAACACUAGUAAAUGGAGAAGAAUCAUUUGAACAUUCUCAUCUUGCUCCAAGAUCUCUGGGCGAAAUCAUGUCUCGCUAUCAAGUAGAAGAGCUACAUCUGACUUUAACAGAAGGGCAAUGGAAACAUAAGCAGUGGGGCUACCCAGUCUUAGAUGCUGCCCCUGGAGCCGAACUUUAUGCAUGGUUUAGUCCAGAAGUGAUAGACGUUGAUGCUCAUUGGAAAAAACUAAGUUCUACCCUAUCUGGACUUUUUUGUGCAUCAUUAAAUUUUAUAGAAAACUUCAAUACAAUAACUCCGAAAAUGUCCUUAUGGCCAACAGGUGCACAAAAAUUAAAACAAAAUUAUACAUCUCAACUAAGAUAUGCAUCUCUGCCCCGGGAAAUUGUUUGCACAGAAAAUUUAACACCUUGGAAAAAAUUACUUCCAUGUGAAUCAAGCCAUGGCUUUUCUUCUCUUCUUAAUUCCCGUAUGAUUCAUAAUACAAAUUAUCAUUCCAUUGGAGUUCACGUAAGAAGAACAUGUGUUGAUAACAAUUGCUUAGACACAAACUUAGAAAUUAAACAAACUGUAGCCCUUGUUUAUGAUUUCAAAAUUAUUAAUAGCAUGGAUUGGUCAUUUAGGAAGUUAUUCGGGCAAGGAUUGCCAGGAGCAUGUCCACUUUCAUCUUCUAGUAAAAUUUAUAUUGACACUACUUCAAAUAGCACUUACCGCUUCAAGCUCAGCCCAGAGCCCAAUAAUAUUGUGUUAUCUCAAAGGGGUGGAAGUGAGACUGAAUUAGCUGUUUAUAAUAUUACUAAUUCUGUUAUGAUGAAUAUUGUAGCAAAAUAUGAAACAAAGGACAAAAUAUUUGUAAAUAUACCCCCACCAUUGACAUUCACGCAAUAUGUUCUUGGCUAUGGCAAAGAAUUUGGGGGUAUUGUGACUGAGCUAACGAACAACUACUGGGCUCCUAUAGAUGUUGUUCUUUUAGAAAAUGCACCUUGGUGGCUGCCUAUACAACUAAGUUCAUUAAGGAUUAAUGGGGAAGCAGAGAGUAAAUUAAUAAUGUCACAGUAUUAUUCUCCAGGAAAAAGUAGGCAGAAACCAUAUCACUUGGAGCUUUUGUUGAGGCUUCCUCCUAAAUCUACAACCACUUUGACUAUAGAUUUCGAAUUUGUAUUUCUCAAAUGGCAAGAAUAUCCGCCUGAUGCAAACCAUGGAUUCUACAUUGGAUCUGCAUUAAUAUCGGCAAAUCUUCCAACGGCAAAAAAUUAUACCAGUCUACCAAUUCAUGGAAAUACAUUUGAUUCUGUUAUAAAUGCUUCAAAACCAUGGUAUCCAAUGAUAUUUAGAACAAAUGGGGCUAUGGUGUCAUUACCAACACCUGACUUUAGUAUGCCAUAUAAUGUAAUAUGCUUAGCAUGUACAGUAGUUGCUUUAGCAUUUGGUCCUUUAAAUAAUAUAUGUACAAAAGAACUAGUCUUAAAAGCUGCUGGUACACCUCUUUCUCUACGUCAAAAGAUAUUCAAUAUAUUUAAAAAGAAAAAAGACUAAUAAUGUAAUCAGGUGUUUAAUUU